GUGCGAAUCCUGGAUAUAAGUACCAUCUCGUCUUUCUUCCUCAUCAGUUGCCUCCCGCAGUCCCAUCUCCCUUAAAGCCCUAUUCGCAGCUUGCUGGAAGCCAUUCAGCGGGCCGCCGUCGCGUUCCAAGUCGCCUGUCCUUAGGCGCCCGCCCCCGCGCCCACCACUACCUCGGCCCCUGGUGCUAGUGCGUGCAGAGCUGAAGGCCAGUCUGGGCUACCGCUUUGCCACGGGCCAUCGACUAUGGAGACGACUACAGUACCGCAUGGUUCAAGCGGGCAUCAUCCGCAUCUUCCAAGCCUAUGUUGACAGCAGGAUGCUGCCGUGUGUGCAGCUAGUGCGCACGUACAGUGAGUCUCAGCUCCGCUCCUUCCUCUCCCUGCCCUCUAACCAAGCGCCCUCAGCCCGUGGGAGGGGCGCUGGGGGCAGGGGAGGAGGGAUGGGAGAGGAGGAGGAGGAGGAUGAGGAUGUGGGGGAGGGGGAGGAUGAUGAUGAUGAUGAUGAUGAUGAUAACGAUGAUUGUGAUGACGAUGCUGCUGAUGAUGCUGAUGGUGAUGUUGAUGGUGCAGCAGCACCAGCACCAGCAGCAGGGCGGGGGGCGAUGGUACUAGCUGGCAGCAGUGACAGCGGUGGCAGGGGUGGCAGUGGUGGCAGUGGAACCUCUAGUUUCGUGGCGGCUCAAAACGCUGCUGCAGCUGGUGUCGAGCAGGGCGGGGAUUUGGUGAUGGAGCUGAGUGUGGAGCAGCAGGUGUUGGAUGCGGUUCAGAGGCAUGGGAGUGAUGGCGUACUGCAGCCAGAGCUCGCGGGUGCGAUGCCUGGCGUGCCGAAGAAGCGGUUCUACCGCAUCGUGACAGACCUGCAGGAGCGCCGGCUGAUCGCAGCGCAGGCCGAGAACCACCAGCGCAUGACCGUCUACCGCCUGCGAGCCCUGCAACCCCCACCGCCGCCGCUGCUGCUGCUCGGAGCAGCGGCAGGAGCAGGGGGGGGAAGAGGAGGAGGGAGGGUAGGAGGAUCCGGAGGAACAGGAGGAGGAAAAGGAGGGGAGGUGGUGCGUGGUGAGGAGGAGGGGCUAGAGGCAGGGGAAGGGGGGGAUAGGUAUGGGGAGAAUGGUGAGGAUGGGAAUGGGCCACUGGCUAUGGUGCCGAUUCAAGAGGCGGGUAUGGAUAGUGGAGAACUUUUUGAGGAUGCUGGGAAUGGUGCGGUUGGUGGUGGUGAUGGUGGUGGUGAUGGUGAUGGUGAUGGUGAUGGUGAUGGUGAUGGUGAUGGUGAUGGUGAUGGUGAUGGUGAUGGUGAUGGUGAUGGGGGGAUGAAGGAUCUUGGGAGUGACGAGCACAAGGACUGGCAGGGAGGAGCGGACGAGGAGGGAGGCAAGGGCCGAGGUAGAGGAGGAAAGAGAGGGAGGCCGAGGGGGAGAGGAAGGGGAAGAGGGAAGGUGAUCGAGGGAGUUGAGGAAAGGGAAGAGACCGGUAAGGGGGGAGGUAGAGGAAGAGGCAGGGGGAGAGGCAGGGGCAGGGGGACAGAAGCAGCUGGGCCUGAAGCAGUUGUGAAUGAAUCAGGUGGGCCAGAAGGAGGGGGGACAGAAGCAGCGGCAGAAGGGGAAGCUGGGCAGGGGAGAGGAAGAGGGAGAGGGAGAGGGAGGGGAAGAGGACGAGGAAGGGGGAGGGGGAGGGGCAGAGGAAGGGGCGUCAGAGCAGGAGAUGAGGCAGAGGGAAGUGCGGAUGGUAUACCAGAAAACGAUGGUACAGAGGCAACUGGGGGGAAUCUUGGGAGGAGUUUGGUCCCUUUUGAGAGUCCUAGCAAGCCUAGGAGUGAAGGGGAAGGGCAGGAGAUGCAGAGGGUUGUGUCAGGUCAAGUGCCCAUUGCCGCACAAGCUCAGGUGCCAGGGCAAGACGAUUCUGAGUCAGCGCAAGCAGCUCAAGCAGUAGGGGAAGAGGAUGAGGGAGGGAGACGAGGACACAAGCGCAGGAAAACAGAGUCUGGGCCGGAUGGUUCAGAUGGGAGGGGAGAUGGGAGGGGGGAGGCGAGAGGGGGAGGUGGGAGAGGAGUGAGGAGGACCCGAGGUGCUUCAUUGCUGGCAACAGCAGCAGCAGUAGCUGCUGCUGCAACAGUUGAAGGGGCUGAGGCCGGUGAAGGGGUAGAGGCAGGUGUGGGAUUGGGAGUGGGUGGAAGGGAAGAUGGAGCAUCAGGGUCCGCAGCAGAAGGGACAGCAGAAGAUUCAGUCAUAAGAAGAACAGGCUCGAUGGGAAUAGAUGCGGACUUGGCCCCAGAAUGCCAUGCCAAUGGGGUGAACCCACCUGCACACGCCAUCCCCACCCCAAGCACCCACGCCCUUGUGCACCAGGUACCAUACACACCACCUUCUCCAGAGGUCAACCUUCCCUCCAGCACCGCUGCCUCAUCUCCCUACGAUUUCUCUAGCCCGAUUCGCUCUGCUUUCUCCCCUUCAGCUGUUGUCACCAAUGCUGCUGCUGCUGCUGAUGGUGGUGGUGGUGGUGGUGGUGGUGGUGAUAGUGGUGGUGGUGGGGAAAGGGACUGGGAGCCUGCGAUUGAGGUGUCGCAGGUAUGGUCACUUCAACACCCACCAUCGCCUCACCACCAAUCGUCGCCUCACCACCUGUCGUCGCCUCACGGCCUGUCGUCGCCACAAGACCUGUCGUCGCCUCACCACCUGUCGUCGCCUCACGAUCUAUCGUCCCCUCACGACCUGUCAUCACCUCAACAACCAGCUUCACCUCGAGAGCCGUCAGCACUUCGACCACCAUCAGAUCCCCUGGAAAGAAGAAUUGGUGUGGAACUUGGUUCGGGUGUGUCCUCUGGAGACAAAGUGCUGUCUCCAGCACUUGGGUGUCCCCACCCUGAAGACCAUCCUGCUAUCUCUCCCUUCGCCUCCCAACACACUCGCCCAUCCCAUUGCCCUCCUCUUCUUCCAUCUCCUACCCAGCCUGCUCCCCUUUCUCCUCAUCCCCCUCUCCCUCCUGUGUGCGGAGCUCAAGGAUCGUCCCUGCCCAUUGUCUCGAGGGUUUACUCACGGCGCCGGCAGGUCGCGCGUGUGAGGGAUGGUGCAGAGCCGAAUGGUGGUGCGCAAAAGGACAGCACUGCGCAAUGCACUGCGCAACGUAAUGAGAGUCACGGGGGCGGAGCUGACAAUAAGGAGGAUAAGGGCGGGGAGGGACAGAAGGAGCUACAGGGGAACGAGCAGGAAGAGCGUGAGAGGGACGGGGAGCAGGAGGUAGAUAGGGAUAGGGAGGAGCAGCAGAAGCAGCAAGAGGAGGAGAAGGAGGAGGAGGAGGAAGAGGAGGAGCAGAAAGUGGGAGGGAAGAAGCAGAAGCGGUUGACUCAGCGGCAGCAGAAGCAGCUGUGGCAGCAGCAGCAGCAGCAGCAGCAAGGCGGGGAUGGGAGGCCUCUGUCUCGUCGGUCGCGGUUCCCCAGGGACGAAGCACUGUGGAAGAGACGAGAGGACACCAUCUCGGCUUUCCUCGAGGCCAACCAGAUAGUCACUCGGUGGGAGCUGUACCGCCACGUGCUGGCGUCGGAACUGACCACUCGCGCGUCCACCAUGGACCGAAAGACCCUCAACCGCAUCCUCGACGCCAUGCGCGCGCGUGGCCUGCUCAAGCGCAUGGUGCUCUCCGUGCCGGGGGUCUCCAACGGCGGGCAGCCGCGCACCCUCGAGAUUGUCUUGGCUAAGGAUGCGGACCCGAACCCGGAGGCCCUGGGCGCGGUGAUUGCAAAUCAUAGGAGACAGGAGCUGGAGAACGCAAGGGCAGCAAUAGGGGGAGGAGGAAGAGGAGGAGAGGAAGCAGGGGAAGAGGAGGCUAGAAUGCGGACAGGAGAGGAUGUCAAGAUUGUUGCUUCUGGCGAUGGUGCUGCUGCUGGCGAUAAUGUUUUUGGCAAUAAUGUUGCUGGCAAUAAUGUUGCGGGCAAUAAUGUUGCUGGUGGUGAUUGUUUUGGCAGUGGUGGAAGAGUGGGGACACGAGUCAACAGGUACAAGGUGCGAGUGUCUCAGGAGAGGCAGGCCGAGAGAGGUGGAGGAAGUGGAGAAAGUGGAGGAAGUGGAGGAAGAGCAGACGAGGCGGAGGGGCAAGUGGUGAUACCCGUCCUGAGUAACAUUGAGAGGAGGCCUGUGGGAAGGCAGUUGGAUGCGGUUAGGAGGAGGGAGCAACGGCUGGGGGUUGCUGCUGCUGUGCUGAGUGGUAGGGUAGAGGAUGGGGGCAGUUGGGGUGGAGUAGGAGUAGGAGGAGUAGUAGGAGCGAGAGCAGGAGGAGGAGUGUUAGGUGUGAAAGAGGAGAGGGUUUUAGGAAGCCGGAAUGAGAUGGGAGGAGUGGAGGAGUGGUUGGUUCCUGGUGCUGCGGGGGGUGCAGCGAAGGGAGUCAGGAGGGCAAGAGAUGUGGUAGCAGGAGGAGGAGGAGGAGGAGGAGGAGGGGGAGCAGCAGCAGCAGUGGGAGCAACAAUGGCAGCAGCUGUGCAAAGUGCAGCAGGAGAGAGAGACAUUGCAGAUUUUGCUACACAGGAAGUCAGAGAGGCGGCUGGUCGGGGCGCAGGGCAUGCAAAGAAGAAAGGUAGGAUGGUACAAGGAUUGCAGGGAAGAAGGCUCGGACAGGGCACCGCGCGUGAUGGGCAAGAGAGAGCCGGGCAGGGUAAGUGGCAAGGGAAGGAGGAUCAGCAACGGCAGCGGGCGCAGCUGGGUACAGCCAUGCGAGUGCUGCGGUAUCAGAUUAGUGGUGAUGAUGAUGGUGCAGCGGCUGGUAAUGGUGAUGGUAGUGAUGGGGAUGAGAUUAUAGCUGGAGGGGCAGCGGCUGGUGAGAGAAACACCCCCCUGGAACGACCUCUUGCGGGGAGGAUGGCAGUGGUAGGCCAAGGGAGUGGGGCGAGGGCAGGAGUGGCUGCAGGCGAAGGGAGUAGAAGGAGGGCGGGAGCUGGAGCAGGUGCAGAUGGUGGUGCGGAGGGAGGAGGGGAGGAGGACGGUGAGGCGGAGCUGUUCAGUGUGCGGCGGCGGUACGGGUACGUGCCAGCCAAGAUGGUGCGCGCGCGGCAGCUGCACCUCUUCCUCUGGUCGCAUGUCAAGACGAGGGGCACCAACACAUUUGUGCCCAACGCAGAUCCCGACAGCACCCAGGGCUGCAAGUUCGACCUGGCAGCGUUGGUGCAGGCCAUGCCUCUGGAGCUCUUUCUGCAGAUAGUGGGCGCCAGUGAGGACAUCCCCUCUCUCACGCCCCUGGCCCUGCAAGGCAAGGUGCUCCGGGACCUCCCCCCCUCCCUCCUGCACACUCUCUUUGACACCGCGUCUCGCAACCGCCUCUCGCGUCUCUUCAACCUGCUGCAACGCCUGCAGCUGGUAUGUCUCCAUGUGUCUGCACAAGACCUCGGCCCUUCCAUCUCCACUGAACCUUCAUCGAAGCAGCAGCAGCAGCAGCAGCAGCAGCAGCAGCAGGGUGAAGAGCAGCAGCAGCAGCAGCAGCAGCAGGGUGAAGAUCAGAGCUACCUGGAGCCAUCAUUCCGUGUGUUCUACGUCCUCAUACGCCGCAUCCGACUCCAACACCCACACUCCAUCCAACUCCCCCUCCUCUCCAACUCAACCCUCUCUCCCUCCCCCUCCACCUCCACCUCAUUCCCCACUCCCUCUGCCUCAAACCCCUCCUCCCAUUUCCCACCCUCUAACUCCUCCUUCCCGACUUCCUCACAGCCUCUUUCACAAUCCUCUCACUCUCCAGGCACCCUCCAGCAGGGGGUGAUAGAAAGGAGGGUGGGAGUGGACGCAGUGACUCUAGAGCUCGACGCUGCAGAGGAGGAAGGGCUGGCUAUCUACUGGUCCUCCCUUCAAACCGUUUUCUCCAAGCUGGCACCCUCAAUCGCGCGUCGAUUCUUCCCUGCUACCACUGUUCCCGACGUGCUGAACUCACGGGUGUGGGCGGCGCAAGCUCUCCUGCCCCUCCGGGUGCAUAUCCAGCUCAUGCGUCGCUUACAGGCAGCUUCGUUACAGGAUAGGGAGAUCACGGUUCGUGCGACUGCUGCGGAGAUUGCUCAGGAAAUGGGGAUCACCACAGAGCAGGUGCUGUAUUCUCUGUACAUGCGGCAAGGGCAUUUGAGGAUGCACUCGCUGAGCCUGCCGCACUUGGGGCUGUUACCAGGCGUGCAGUGGAACGAUCUUAAGGAGGACGAGGAAGAGGAGGAGGGGAGAGGGGAGAGUGAGGAAGAGGAGGAGUGUGAAGAGAGAGGUGGGAGAGUGAGGGGGAGGAAUCUGCGGGUGGCGGAUGUGCUUGGGAAGAGUAGAGUAGCGGCACUGCAAGCGAAGCCAGAGUGGAGGAAGUAUGGGUGGGAGGAGGGGGGUGAGGGCGUGGAGCGGAUGAGAUUGAGAUCGGAGGAACAGGGGAGUGGGGAAGGGGCUGUGAGAAAAAGACGGAAAACUGGUGGGGAUGAGUGGGAAGAGGGUGGGAAUGAUGGUGAGUGGGAAAUGGAAAAGGAGGAGGGGGGUGCACUGGAGGGAUCGGAGGACGACAUGUGUGAGGAGAUGGAGGCCGAGGGUGAGGAGGAAGGAGGGCGAGGAGGGAAAGGGGAUGGGGAUGGGGAGGAAGGGGAGGAGGUAGAGGAGGUUCGGGGGGUGUCGAGAGUGCAUGACAGCACUGCCAUUCGGCUUCGAAGGGUCACUUGGACUCACUUCUCGACUCGUACUCUUAUCGAGGAAUACGCGCGGGUGCGAGCGCGCCACCCGCGCAUGCAAUGGCACAUGCACGCGCACCGCCUGCCCUUCCCGCCCUCCGCAUGCCGCCGCCACGUGGCCACGCUGCGCACCGAUGCGCGCACCCGGCACGCUCUGCAGGACUUGUGUGCGCUGGUGGCUUUGCGAUUGUCCCGCUGGGCCCGGCACCAGCAGGCCCUGGCUCUGCAGCAGCAGCAGGCGCAGUGGGAGCAGCAGCAGGAGCAGCAGCGGAAGGAAUGGGAGCAGCAGCAGCAGGAGGAGGAGGAGAGGAAAAAGAAGCAGGAGGAGGAGCGGAAGCAGAAGCAGCAGCAGCAGGAGCAAGGGCAGGGGGCCAUGGACGAGAGGCUGGUGCAUGGAGAGAAAGGAGCGGCGGGUGCGCCAGCUGCAGCGGCCGCGGCGGCACCUGGACAACUCCCUCCUUCAGCGCUAUCCAUUCCGCCAUUUCCUGCCACUCAAACCCGGCAGCGCGAGGCGGUGUGGGACAGCAGGUGGGAGUGGGAUGACUUUUCGUGCCCUGAAGUGGCACGGGCUGUGGAUCGCGUGCUCGUCGCUCAUUACUCCCUGCGGCCCUGGCUGCUGGAGCAGCAGGAGAAGCAGCACCAGCUGCAAGGGCGUGUGUUUGCUGCUCCUGUUCUGGCAGGGAGAGAGGAGAGGAGAGUGGAGGAGAGGCGAGCUGGUCUUACUGGUGGUGCUGCUGGUGGCGCUGCUGAUGCAAUUGCUGCAGGGGGGAGCGGAUCGUCUACAGCAUUAGAAGAAUCCGCAGCAGGAGCACCAGGAGCAGCAUUAGCUGCUCGUUCACUUUCUCUCUCGGCCACAGCAACCGAUACUGCUAUCACCACCACCACAGUACCACACACGUCCCCUGCAAUCAAUGCAGCCAGAGCAGCGGACCGCAGCCUAACCAUCAUCAGCCGGAAGGCCCUCAAGGCGCAGAAGCUCCUCUGUGAAAUGCAGCGCCGCCCCUUUGCCGCUCCCGCGUGCGAGCUAAUCAAGUCCAUCCUCAGCGGAACGACGGUCGACGGGUCCCUCCCGCCUCUCCUCGUGCACGCGCUGAGAAGGUUCCCGGAAGGCGACGUGGUGGUGGCGUUUGAGCAUCUGAGAAUGAACGAUCUGGUGGUUCCGGGUAAGGGCUCCCGCUCUUUCUUUCUCAACCCGGACCACGUGGAAGCGGCAUCUAUAUCCCCAUUUCCCCCACAUGCUGCGGCAGAUAGUGCGGAAUUUUCCCAGUGGGUGGUUGAGAGGAGGGAGCUUUUGGAAGGGUCUUGGGAGCAGGUGCCUCUCACGCUGCGGUGCGGGCACCUAGUAGAGCUGCUAACUUUGGUAUCCAAGGGGAAGCUGGAGCUGAAAGGGGUUCUUCCGAAGAAGGGGGUGGGGGAGAGGGAGGAUGACGCUGAGGAGGAGAGGAGGAGGCAGAGGAGGAGGCAGUAUGAGAAACUGAGGAGGGAGGGGCGGGAGGAGGAGGGGGGUGGGGGGGUAGGUGGUGUAGGGGAAGGAGGGGUAGAUGGGGGAGGAGGGAAGGGGAGAGGGGAGGGAGACGAGGAGAGGAUCGAGGAGGAAGAGGAAGAGGAAGAGGAGGAGGAGGAGGAAGAUGAGGAGGAUGGGGAGGAGGAGGAGAGGGAGAAUCCAUCGGUUCAGACGCCGUAUGGAAUAAGGCAGCUUGUGAGGGGGUUUCCUUACCUGAAUGUGCUUGUAAGGAGUGUGGAGGUGCCUGUAUCGGAGCUGGUAUCAUCCCUCUGGGAUGAUGCAAUUAAGGGAGCUGUGGAGCAUGUGGGGCAUGCGGGGGAUGCGGGGCAUGUGUUGCUUGUGGGGGAUGGGGUGAAUUCGGAGCCUGGGUUCGGGGUGAUGGAAGGGGGAGAGAGGAUUGGAGGGAGUGAGGGAGGAGAAGCAGCAUUCGAACAGAGAAGUGCCGAGAAACAAGAUGCGCGGAAAGAACAAGAGGCAGAGCCUGCUUCUGAGGCGUCUCAGAGGCUUGCUGUGGGGAAAGAACUUGUGGCAGAUGGAAGGGGGGGAGCGGAGGAGGAGGGAGGGGAAGGAGAGGUUGGGGGGAGUAGAGUCAGAGGGUCGUUUGAGGGAGGUGUGAGAGCAGAAGCAGGAGGAACCGGCGGGGAAGGACAGGCUGGAGAAGAAGCAGAGGGAGAGGCAAGGAGAGACGCAAGAGAAGUAGCUGGAGGAGAAGCAGGGGAGGCAGGAGAAGCAGGGGAGGCAGGAGAAGCAGGAGAGGCGGAAGAGGCGGAAGAGGCGGAAGAGGCGGAAGAGGCGGAAGAGGCGGAAGAGGCGGAAGAGGCGGAAGAGGCGGGAGCGACAGGAGAGGCAGGGAUGGAUGCGGACGAGGCAGAGGGCGCUGCACAUGCCAUUGUUCCUGACGGCAUGAACAGUAGCUUGGGUGGCAGCUGGUUGUGGCAUCACUCGUCUGAUCUGCUAGCAAUGGUGCAGCAGCGGAUAGAAGCCAAGGGCCACAGGGGAUGCUCCCUAGACGCCCUCAAGCGCGCUCUUGUUCCUGGUGGGGGCGAGAGCUCUGCUUUUGCUGGUGCGGUGGAGGGGGUGAGGGAGGAGGAGGUGGAGAGCUGCGUGGCAGAGCUGCUGGCGUUGGGGGCGGUCAAACAGGUUCCGCUGUUCGACUCGUCUGUUCUCAUGGCAUCGCGCCAUGCAUCCCUCUUCUUCCUCCGCAAGCAAGAAGCCUCUGCCAGCCCUGCUGCCGGUGCCUCCGCUCUCGCUGCCAGCCCUGCUGCUGGUGCCAUCUGCACUCGCGUUGACUCCACUUGCACCAGUGGUGCGUUAGGGAAUAAGUCUGGGGACAAAGGGAAGCAGCUGAACUCGGAAUGGGAACAGGAGAGAGGAGUGCCAGGCGCAAUGCUAGAGGGCAACGAGGGGGAGAAGGGAGAGGCGGAGGCAGAGAAGGGGGGGAAGGAACAGGGAGAGAGGCAGAGGGGAAAGGAGGGGGGGGAGCAGGGCGGGGAGGAGGGCGAGAGGGAGCAGGUGGAGGUGGAGGUGGCGAUACGACCGUGGUUGGAUGGGGCGGGGCGGGAGAAGGCGUCGCUGCGCUGCGUGUUUGUGCGCAAGAUCAUGGCUGCGGUGGCCUUCCAUCCCGGCAUAGAGGAGAGCAUGCUGCUGCGUCUGGUUCCCCUUCUCAAUCCCCAGACUUGCAAAGACCUGCUUGCUUGGCUCAUUGCUGACGGUGCUCUUCGGUUACAUACUGUAACCACAGCUCGACCAAAGACUGUCGGGCCAAGGUUGUUUCGAAGGUCACCUAAAAGAAGGAAGUCAAGCCAAGAGGUAGGAGGUAGUGUGCGUGACAAGCAGCAUGAUAGCUCAGAUUCUAUCAUAGAUGUAAGCAAGCACUACUUUGUCAACCCUUCUUGCAUGCGCCUAUUCUGAAUGUGUGUGUGCAUGUGUGCUCUUGUAGUUUCUCGAUACGGUAGAUCCAUGUGGUGCGAUUGCUCUUAGCAUGAGUGGCCUACUGUUUAAGUCCGGUUUUGCGUCACUAGUUUGACACGCCUCCGGAAUCGAGGCUGCUUUGAAAGGAGAGAAUUGUGAAAAUAGUGGCAUGCUGCAGCAGCGGUGUAGAAGACCACUUGCAGAAGAGAUAGU